AUCUGUAUUUUUGUAAAGUUUCAGUGAUAUUAGACGUCAGAUUGCGUGUUUAAUUAGAAAACAAAGUCACAGCGAAAAUGUAUCAGUUAAAGUUAAAAAUCACACAAAAUGACACAAUCACCAGCUGAAUAUUUUAAAUGUAUAAAAUUUUGUUCAUUUUAGCCCCAAAACGUGAAAGAACGGUUUCUAGGAUAUUGGAAAAAAGCUUAAGACACGGUUCAUUACUCCAGAUUAAGUAUAUGAAGAAAUGCUGCAGUUCAAAGUGUCAUUUGAAUUUGAACAUGGACAUGGCUCGUAGAUGUAGGGAGAUUUUAUGGACGAAGGAUUUCGAAUCGAGACACGAAUGGUUGAUUCAGAAAUUAAGAGACGCAAAACAUCGCAAUGGCAAAUAUUUUUUAAUGAUUGAAAGUGGAUUGGGAAUAUGUUCAAAAGCAUUUUGCCAACUUUUUUAUAUAAGCAAAGGAUUCUAUUAUAAAUCAGUGAAGGAUUACGAAAACGGAGUUUUAUCAACAGGUUAUCAAAGGCGUAGAAGUAAAACAUCACUCUAUGAUGAUGCUAAAUUUUGGUUAGAAGAAUAUGCGACUUAUCACGCUGACCGUAUGCCCGAUUCAGCAGACAUUAUGCUUCCCUACAAGACGAGGAAAGAGGGAUUGUACCUUCGAUACAAAAGCGAAAGAGUCGAAAAAUUUCGAAACUUUUUCAGCAAAACAAGUUUUAUGCGUAUGUGGGCCGACAUGUUUCCCCAUCUCAAGAUUAAAAAG